GAUUAAGAUAUUCAGAUUUUUUUAAAGGAAAGAAAUUUACUGGGAAAAAGAUGAUUUGCAGGAACGAGAAUUAAGCGAUUUUCCAUUAACGGCGGGCGACUCAAAAGCAGAGUGGAAGGAAGCCGAAACUUACGAAGGAGUUCAUCUUUAUCCCCUCACUUUGCUUCGUUCUGAUGCCUCCGAAGCUUUAUCUCCCUUUCUUUGCUUCUCUGUGAUGCAUCCGCAGCUCCUUUAGAGAUCGGGGAUUCGUUAUAGGGGAGGUUAUCUCUGCAGCGUACUCUUGGUUUUUGGCAUGCCGACGAAUUUGAUGGAGGAAAAGCAAUUGGACUUCAAUGCGCCCCUUUUAUCUGUGAGGCGUUACUCAUCUUUCUCAUCUUUCUCAUCUACUUCGGCUUCUUCAGAGGGAAAUGACUGUGAGAGGAUUGAGAAUUCUCGGCCCAAGAUGCCUUCUCUUCCAUUUUACAAACCAGAUAUAAAUUCUGGCCCUAUUAAAAAUUCUGGUUCUGUUCCUUUUCUGUGGGAGCAGACUCCAGGAAGACCCAAGGAUGGUGAAGGGGCCCGAGCACAACCUACCAAACGGCCUCCACUUGCCCCAAAGCUUCCACCUGGGAGGGUUUUGGAUGUUAGACAACAGUCAGUGAACAGUGAAUCUGAAGAUAAAAAUACUUGUAGUCCCAAAAAUGGUGUUAGUUCCAAAACCAGUAAUGCUCUUCUUAGCAGUCAUAGAGCUUCAUCUUUGAGUAACAAUGUAACUAAACUGGACUGCUCCAAAAAGAUUGUGAAGAAUGGAAAGGAUGCUGAGACAGAUGAGGAUGAAGAUGAGGAUGAGGAUGAGACCUUUGCAGAUGCACUUGAUACACUAUCCCGUACUGAGUCAUUCUUCUUAAACUGUAGUAUGAGUGGUGUUAGUGGACUUGAUGGCCCAGACAUCAAGCCAUCUGGAACCUUCUCAACAGAUCCACAAACUCGGGAUUUCAUGAUGGGUCGCUUCUUGCCUGCAGCCAAGGCAGUGGCUGCAGAGACACCCCAGUAUGCUUCAAGAAAACAACCUCUGGCACGAGAACAUCCAAGACAGGUGACAACAGUGGUUAAUGGAGAAAGACAGCAUCCAAUAAAUCAAUAUAGACCUAACCUCUUACCACAAUAUGCCCAUGAUAUAGUGGAAGAAGAAAGUGAAAAUGAAGAAGAUGAUGAUGAGUAUGAUGACACGGGGAAUUUAUCAGCAAAAGCGUGUGGACUACUUCCUCGGUUUUGCUUAAAGAGUUCUAUGUUCCUCUUAAAUCCAGUCCCAGGGAUGAAAAUCAAAGCCCGGGCACCAAUGUCUUCUGUGGGUAAUGUUAGGACACAGGUCAAGACUGCAUAUGCUGGAAUUUGCAGAAAUAAAGAUGAGAACACAUGGGAUGCUUUCUAUAAGCAUAAAUUUGUGAGAGAACUUAAACCACCUGGGCUACUUGAUGAUGGGAAUAAGAUGACAAGUGAAUCCAACCGACUAAAUGACUGGAGUGACUCUCAAACACCAGAAGGAUCAUCUCCGUACAGGCUUUCUUCGAGUGUUGGCAUAUCACCUUAUCGGAAUGAAGCAUCUCAGUCUCCAUUCCAUGAAGGAUCAGGGUUUCUUGGAAUUCCUAAAGAAGUUAAAAAUUACAAAGCUUCUGGUUUUGAUCCAUCUAAGACAGGUAAUAACAGCUUCCAGGAAACAUUAUCUCAUCAUAGCAGUAAACAAGGUUCAGGUCCGUUGAGCCCUAUGGUAGAGAAAACUCUGUAUGUAGACUCUGUGCAAAUGGUUGAAACUCCAAAGUCAAACUCGAGUUCUUCAGAUAUGAGAGGUUCUAUUGAUAUCACAGACAAGGAUUCAGAGGUUCUGGCAGAAAGUAAGGGGGCGGAUGAAACUCUUACUGUUGAAUCCUAUCUUAGAAAUGUCAAAGACCUGAAGAUUUCAAAAGAAAGAGGAAUCUUCCAACCUAAGAUUCAGGAGGUUGAUACUGAUUUUCCCUCUUCCUCAGACAAAUCAACUCCUCGAUGGAAUGUGGACAGAGUAGAGAGCUUCAGACAGGACGGAGGUCUUGGUCAGGAAUCUAGAUCUGUAAUUUUGUCAGAAAUUCCUGCUGAUGGGAAACUGGAUUUUGAUGACCCGCAAGCUCUAGUGCCAGUUGAUCAAGGGAAUUCUUAUGCCAUCUCUUUACAAUCUCCCCUUCCCCCACCUUUGCCAAAAUCUCCUUCUGAGUCUUGGCUUGGUCGGACCUUAUCCGUUUCUUCGAGGAAUCCAUCUUUACGGUCAUACCAAGGUACCCAAUCCCACCUCAAGAAGCAGGUCUCCAAGAUAGCAUCUGAUAGUCCCAAGUGGGAGACAAUUGUCAAAACUUCUAAUGUUCACCUUGAACAUUCACGUUUCUCACAGGAACUAAUAAGGCCUGUAUCCCGGAAAUCAGAAACUUAGAAGUAUCCUACUUGAUGUCCUUCGGAUUAUUCAUUUGCUUUUAUAUUCCAAAUUGAGGUUUUGUGAGUUCAAGGUACUCAAAUGUUCGUAAUUCCUUUUUAUGGUCAGAAAUACAGAUGUAAGUUUGGUUAUUCCCUUCUUGUAUGUGCAGAUGGUCUAUAGUGGCACUCAACCAGCUUUAUUUUUUUUUUUUUUCUGUAAAUGUUGUCAAUUAGUCAAACUUCAAGUUUGUUCUGGUUUUGGCUCUCAUUUUGUGAUUGAGUUGUAAAAUGAAUCAACCGCACUUAUGUAACGGAAUAGUAGGCUUCCAUCUUGGCAAUGUACAUAAUGGUGCUAUGCAUCCUUCAGUCUUUGGAUAGUUUUGUUUGCUUUCUUUCAUUCUUUCUUUCCUUCCCUUCCCUCCCCUCCUUCAGCCGAAUUUCCUCUUUUCCUCAGGAAAUAUUAUCUUUCUCCACUUCUUUCAGUCCUGUGUCAGAGAUAGUAUGGAAAGUGCAGCUGGUUCUUUUGUUCCUUUGGGUUACUACCCAUCUUUUGGAGUUCGUCUGUUCGAGUGUGAUAACAAUACUAUAGCAUAAAAUCCAAUAAAUCCAAGUGUAAUGCUUGUUGUAUC